CUUAUGUUUUUCUCUGCAUGAACCCUAAAUCCAGUGAAGUAGGCCAAACUUUUGAAUAUUUUGCCAUUCAAGGACACUACUUUGAGAGUCCUGCUUCUGAAAAAUAAUGGCCAAGGACUCACUUCUUCCAUUAUUUUCACUUCAGGACUCGCUUUUCACCUAUAUAUGUAUAAGUCAACAUAUAUCUUCCUUUCUCCCCCAACAACAAACCCUAGCUGCUUUGAGUUCUGGAUCUGUGACUCUCCAUGACGAUUAUCAUCGAUCACCACUCAGAUCAGAACGAUGCAGGAGAUGAGAUUGGAGAGAAGAAUCAGGGGAUUACCAAAGAGGAAGAAGAAACAGAGUUGGUGUUAGAUGCAGGUUUUGAGGCUCCUCACACCAACUCCUUUGGUCACACCUUCAGGGAUUAUGAUGCUGAGAGUGAGAGGAGAAGAGGUGUGGAGGAAUUUUACAGGGUGAAUCACAUUGGCCAAACCGUUGAUUUCGUGAGGAAGAUGAGGCAGGAAUACGGGAAGCUAAACCGAACCGAGAUGAGCAUUUGGGAAUGCUGUGAGCUUCUGAAUGAGUUCAUCGACGAGAGUGAUCCUGAUUUGGACGAACCUCAGAUUGAGCAUUUGCUUCAGACAGCUGAAGCCAUCAGAAAAGAUUACCCUGAUGAAGACUGGCUCCAUCUGACCGGUCUUAUCCAUGAUCUUGGAAAAGUUCUUCUUCACUCUUCAUUUGGUGAGCUCCCUCAGUGGGCUGUUGUUGGUGAUACAUAUCCGGUGGGGUGUGCGUUUGAUGAAUCUAUUGUUCACCACAAGUACUUCAAGGAGAAUCAAGACUAUGAUAACCCGAGUUACAACACCAAGUACGGGAUCUAUACUGAAGGCUGUGGGCUUGAUAACGUGUUAAUGUCUUGGGGACAUGAUGAUUAUAUGUAUCUGGUUGCAAAAGAGAAUCAAACUACAUUACCAUCAGCCGGUCUUUUCAUCAUCCGAUACCAUUCUUUCUACGCUCUUCACAAAUCAGAAGCAUACAAGUAUUUGAUGAACGAUGAAGACACAGAGAACAUGAAGUGGCUGAAAGUGUUCAACAAGUAUGAUCUCUACAGCAAAAGCAAAGUUCGUAUAAACGUGGAGGAAGUGAAACCUUAUUAUCUCUCCCUGAUCAACAAGUAUUUUCCGGCAAAGUUGAAGUGGUGAAACUCAGAAGUAGAAAGUUGUCUAAUAAAAUUGAAUGUGACUGUGAACCUAAACGCUAUAAUGGACAUGCCUUGAAGAAUAAAACAGAGUGUUGUUGUUUCGUUUGAGCUAAGUUCCAUUUCCAACGGGUGUUUUAGA